UUAUGUAAACAAAUCUCAUAUGUUAUUACAAAGCGAAUCUAACACGGACGCGGGUAUGAAAUGUCGGUUUUGCUACAGCGGGCCGAAACACAAUCUACCGGAUUGCAAAGUAUUCAAAAAGGCACUACGAAAGGAUCGGUGGCGUCACGUAAAGCGGUACGGUAUAUGUUAUAAAUGUCUGUCACCCACGAAGCACGACAGGGAUAUUUGCCCGGCGCCUGCUUGUGAUAAAAACAAUUGCGGGCAGGCUCAUCACCGAUUGUUACAUUAUGAGAAGAGCAGUACGGGAAAUGAUAACACUACGGGCCUACACGAGUCUUCUGAACGCGAACCCACUACCGAAGCACAACAAGUAACGCACAUUAAAGAAAACAAUCGCCAGGUACUAUUAAAGGUUGUAACGGUACAAAUACACGGACCGAUUGGAACUGUAACAACUGCCGCGUUGCUCGACGACGGGUCAACUGUAACGCUAAUGAACUCGGAACUAGCCGCAAGAGUGGGGCUACGCAGACAUAGAAAAACUAUGCGUGUGCGCGGCGCAUGGGACACUAAUGAGCUAGAAUGCGACAGCGAGAUCGUAAAUUUCACUGCAUCCAACAAAGACGGCCAGCUAUUUACACUUACGGCGCAUAGCGUUAGCGAUCUGAAUUUACCUGCUCAAGAUACCUCUAAUUUAGGUAUUUCUCGAUAUGGACAUAUUUCUCAAAUUAAAAAUCAACUUAAUCUUGAAUAUUAUAAGCCACAGCUGCUAAUAGGGCAAGAUAAUUAUCACGUAUUAUUACCAUUACAAGUUCUAGAAGGCAAACCAGGGGAACCGUUUGCUACUCUUACUCCACUAGGAUGGUGCCUCCAUGGUUGUACCAGAACACAAUCCAUCAAUUGUUUGUUGCAUUCUACUCUGCUUCUCAGCUCCAACCACUGUGGCCUAGACACAGAAAAAGAAGACCUACUCCGUGAGAUACAUGAAGAGGUCCGACGUUCCUUCGCUAUAGACUCCUUGGGGGUCACCGCUAAACCACGAGGGAACUCUGAUGACCUACGCGCUCAAGCGCACCUGGAGAAAACGUGUAAAUUAAUACAGGGAAGGUGGUAUGUUGGUCUGCCGUGGAGAGACAGCAAUGCAAAGAUGCCUAACUCGUUUACGUACGCCAUGUCAAGGUUGAAGGGGAUAGAGAAGAAAGUGAAAGCUGACGUAGGAUAUGCUUCACGAUACAAGGAAAGAAUCGAACAUUUAUUUCAAAACAACUACGCAAAACAAGUAGUAGACAUAUCUUGGAGUCCUAGAACCUGGUACUUACCACAUUUUGGAGUCGAUAAUCCUAAUAAAAAAAAAUUGCGAUUAGUUUUCGACGCUGCGGCUAAGUUUCAAAAUGUUAGCCUUAAUGAUUACCUUUUAAAGGGCCCGGACCUGCUCGUUUCACUGCUGAACAUAGAAUAG